UGUUUCCGUUACUCCCUCUCGCCUUUUCCCGCGCUUUUGGCGGCGUCGCCAGGUAGAUCUCAAUGCAGCUGAGGGGUCGCGGGAAGCCGCGUGCUCGCCUGCUGAUCGCCGGGCAGAUUCAACCCCUUUGACCUGGCAGGGCCUCUCGAGUAGAAUUGCCUCGGUUUGCGUGACUUGUCAGCCACCUUGUACACAACCGACUCUUUACUGCCCUUCCUUGAAACGAAGCAGCUUAACCCGUCGCCAUCUCAUUGUAUGCUGCCUUAAUCACAGAGUGAAUCUAGACUGUUUACAGAACAGGAUUAAAACAUCAAGGUAUUCCUUCGUCCCUGAAGCUGCUUAUUGAGAGAGUUAGCCACAGAAACAGAAGUUAAAAUGACUUCCUUCAAAUACCCAGAGUAUCCAGAAGCAAAAUUGCUUCAGUUGGAAAGCAUGGUACCCUGUCGAGAAGCUCAAGUGUCCAGCUUGUUGUCAGUAUUUGGAGAGCGUCAGCACUUUAGCUUUCCAGCCCUCUUCAUAUAUGGACACACAUCCAGUGGAAAGACUUACGUGAUGCAGACUCUUCUAAAAACCCUGGAGCUUCCUCAUGUAUUUGUCAAUUGUGCUGAAUGUUUUACUUCAAGAUUACUUCUAGAAGAAAUAUUGAGACAGUUACAGUGCCUUUCCAUCAAAGAAGAAGAUCCUUCAUUUGUAUCCUGUGACACAUUCAAUGAUUUCAUACGUUUAUUUAAAAAGGCAACCUUAACACCUGAUCUGCAGAAUCAGACGAUAUAUGUUGUUUUGGAUAAUGCAGAACAGCUGCGUGAGCUGGAAGGAAAUAUUCUGCCAGGUUUUCUGAGACUACAAGAAUUGACAGAGAGAAACGUGACUGUGGUUCUCCUUAGUGAAAUUGUGUGGGAGCUUCUUCGUCCAAACACAGGAUGCCUUGAGCCAUUGCCAUUAUAUUUUCCAGAUUACAGCAUAGGACAUCUGCAGAAGAUUCUGUCCCACGACCAUCCUCCAGAAUAUUCAUUUGAUUUUUAUGCUGCAUAUAUAAAUAUUCUUCUUGGAGUCUUCUAUCCAGUCUGUAGGAACUUGAAGGAACUCCAACAUCUGGCUGCACUUAAUUUUUCUAAAUAUUGUGAGCCUGUGGUCCAAGGAGAGGCAAAUGAACGUGACACACGCCGACUAUGGAAAAACAUUGAAUCCCAUUUGAAGAAAGCUAUGCAAACAGUCUAUCUUCGAGAAAUCUCAAGCUCCCAGUGGGAACGAUUACAGCAAGAUAAUGAAGAAUCUGGACAAGUAAAAGGACUUUCAGCUUAUGCUCAUGUAGAACUUCCAUAUUAUUCCAAGUUUCUUCUAAUAGCUGCUUAUCUUGCCUCUUACAACCCUACCAGGACAGAUAAAAGAUUCUUUGUUAAGCAUCAUGGAAAAAUUAGGAAGGUAAACUUUCAGAAGAAACACGAAAAGACCAGUAAUCAUCUUCUUGGUCCGAAGCCAUUCCCAUUGGACAGAUUGUUAGCAAUAUUAUACAGCAUUGUUGACAGCAGAAUUCCUCCAACUGCAAAUAUAUUUUCCCAGGUGAGUGAAAUUCUUAUAUGUUUAGAGUGUUGA